AUGAGAGAUUAGUAGAGUUAUCAGCCAUUUCAUAGAUGUUGACCUCAUGAGGCCGGUGAAGCAACUUAAACAUGUUUACUGUUUCCGUUGCUUAUUUUCUUGUGGCUGAUGCUUAUGAAUGGCCUUGUGGGAAAAUACAGGAAGUCGGAAGAGACCAACAUCAGACUAGAACCAGGAAACCAGGACCUCAUUACCCUGAAACAGUAGCACGUCUAAAACACAGAAUAAACCUCAACACUCAAUACUACCGAGCAGUAGGUGGAGAGCAAGACUUUUGCAGAAUCGUUCUAAACUUCAUACUUUCAGACUCACUCUCGAAUAAUGCAUGGAAACCACUUCCUUAUUUAUCGGGCUGCAAAAUUGGUCACGGCUGGUUUUCUCUUGAGAUGAGGAUGGCUGGACAACACCUGUUUAUCUGGACUGUGAUGUGCAUUGUGCUUGAGAGGAAAAUAUCUGGAGCGGUAGAGCAGGAGCAGCAUGAGGAUCUGCAGCAGGUGAGUGUGGGAGAGUGCGCUCUUCUCCCCUGUCUGCUCCCACUCCCACCUCCCUCUCUGGGUGACAUCCGAGUCUACUGGCAAACAGACAAAACAUACCAGGUGGUUCACGUCUUCAACAAAGGCCAGGAGGAGUUUACGCAUCAGUCCCCCUCUUACCACAACAGGACCCGGCUCUUCACCAAUCAGCUGCAGUUUGGCAACUUCAGCCUGGAGUUACGCAACGUCUCUGAGUACGACAACCUCACCACCUUUCAGUGUCUUGCAUUUUACCAUGGAAGCAUGAGGCCUACGUACCAGAACACUACCUUACUGGUGUUGAGGGAAGACGUGAAUAUAUCGCAUGAUGGCGGAGCUGGAAACACUACAUUGCCUGCAGUGGCUGUUGCUUUGCUAGUGUUGAUCUUCAUUAUUUUGGUUUUGGUCUGGGGUAUAAGAAAACGUCUAAAAAAGUGAUGUGAUUCCUCAACUGAAAAUGUACGCCCUGUUUAGGAUUUAGACUAGAACAAAAACUAGAGGACUGGAGAGGACAGGAGGACUGUCAGACCAAUACCAGAGUUUAACCCUCAGAACUCUGUGCCGCUGACGCACCCUUGAGAAAUGACUAACUUUAACAGUCUUACCCUCGUUGUCCAGAGGUGCCACUGGUGUCUAUUGAAAGGGGAGGAUUCAGGGAUUAUGCUAAGAUAAUUGGUUUUCCAAUCCAUUAAGUAGAACCAAUGUUAUUGUCAUUUUAAGGACAUGUAUUUUUUUACCGCAACAGGAAUG